AUGUCCGGGUCGACGCCAUCAUCGAGGCCAGGCGAGCGGGGGCCUCCCGACGAUCUUCUGUACGGCUUUGAUAUCUGCGAUGAAGAAACCAAGCAGUUUCUCAGUUCCCUCGUCUCCUCGGGCCGGGCGCCGCAUGAUGAUGUGGAGGAACUCCGACAGCUCAGCCUUAUGCGCGGUGUUGAUGAGUGGGACAUGCUGUUCACCUGCGCUCUGACGCUUCAGAUGAAAAGCAACGCUUCGAGGCGAUUUGGCGGCACCGAGCGCGAGGAUAGCCUAGUGCCCUUUCUCGGUGCUGUUCUCGAGGGUCGGACUAGCGAUCUUGAAGCGCUGAGUCAACUGGAGGUCGGACAUAAAAAGCCCCUAAGGGGAACCAGCAAGCGCAAGUUGACUGCGUCAAGGAAUAACAGGAGGGGUAAGAGCAUCUCCCACUUCUGGGCUGAGGCCGGAGACGCGAGUGCCGAGCCCCCGUCUAGCCAGUGUCAGGCUGGAGCCCUCGCCUUCGGUUGUUCAAGGGAAGGAAGCAGUGGUAAUACUCAGGGCACGGCUGGCAAGCAGAAUGAACUCAGCAACGGAGCCAUAGACAACGCUGUUCUACCCGAGGCACAAGGUCCCUCGCCAAUUCUCCCGCCGCCCGACCAAGAAAUCCCAAGUGUCUCGAGCAGAGCAUCAUCAGAUGCAGUUUCCGGGGAGGAUGCAGGCUUUGCCUCGCUGGAUUUGCCCAACGCAACUGUUUGUUCAAGCUCCAAGCCGCGGAAGGAUGCCGAACGAGUACUCAAAGCGACAGGAGGAUCAAGGUCCCCCUUUUUCGGCACGCCAACACCCACAUGGGUGAAGCAGCCCGCCUCUGACACACUGCCAACGAAGAAGAAGACACCCCGUCCGCCACGAGGGACGGUCUCAAGCCUUCCCAUCCCACCGCUCUCGGCGGACCGUUUCGGGCUAAUCCAGGAGGAGCUCGCGGACGACCCGUUUCGCCUCCUCAUCGCAGUGACCUUUCUCAUCCGAACCACCGGAAAGGCGGCCAUUCCAGUGUUCUGCCAGCUGAUGGACCGUUUCCCCACGCCCGAGGCCCUUGCGGGCGCGGAGCCAACGGAGAUCAUCUCUCUGAUCCGCCCCCUGGGCUUAUCAGCGGUACGAUGCGCAGCGAUCCAGAAAUAUGCCCGUGUGUGGCUUGAGAAGCCCCCGACCAGGGAGGUACGGUACGGAGUGAAGAACUAUCCGCGGCAGGGCGAUGGGCAUCAUGUGAGAGUCGGGGAGGAAUUCGGUCCAGAAGGCAGGGACGCGGGCGAAGCUGCGCACAGCAACGUGGACGCCGUCACGGACACAAGAGAAAGGGCGAUUGGUGGCGCGUGGGAGAUUGGCCAUCUCACUCAGGGCCCGUACGCGCUGGACUCGUGGCGCAUCUUCUGCAGAGACGUGCUGCUUGGGCGAUCGGAUCACUGGACAGGAAAGGGCGGUAAGCCUGGGUUUCAGCCCGAGUGGAUGCGUGUUUUGCCUCGAGACAAGGAGCUGAGGGCGUGCCUGCGGUGGAUGUGGAUGAGAGAGGGGUGGGAAUGGGACCCGUUGACGGGCGAGCGAGAACCUCUCCGUGAAGAAAUGCGCAGAGCUGUGGACGAGGGCCGCGUUGGAUACGACAACAGCGGGAACUUGGUUAUUCUGUGUCAAAAUGAGGGAAGUGUUGGAUAG